CAUUGGGCCAAGCCAACUCUUUAAUUCAUAACGGUCGCACUAUUUUUUUCAAAUGCCGUUUUUCAGUCCCAACAUUUUACUUCCAUCAAGUGUAAAGUCAUGCCGGGUCCGGAGCCUACGACGAAUAUAGUCGAUGUAACGAGUCACACUCCUCUCUUACCUAGCAACGACACACAGCAGGCGUAUGGAACUGAAAAUGGAGGAGCCGACGAGCUGGCCGUGUCCGACUGCUCGGACGUAGAGCUGUACGAUCAUUUAAGAAAGAUUCCGGAUUCUCUACCGCUCACAGUCUGGCUUAUUGCUACAAUUGAGUUAUGCGAAAAGUUUGCUUAUUUCGGUACUACGGCACCACUGCAAAAUUAUAUUCAGAACUCUCGGGACGAUCCUCUGCGUCCGGGUGGACUUGGCCUUGGGCAAGCCAAGGCUACAAUAGUGAAUCUAGGUUUCAUGAUGUGGUGUUUUGUGACCCCAUUAAUAGGCGCUGCUAUUUCCGAGCAGUAUCUUGGAAGGGUGAAAACUAUUAUUUUCUCGUCGAUAUUCUAUAUCUGUGGUUCGGUAGUGUUGGUCUUUUCCUCAAUUCCACUGGUUCAGGAUAUCGGACUGUCCUUUGCGGCUCUGAUUCUGUCUCUGUUUUUGAUUGGAAUCGGCGCGGGUGGCAUCAGGGCCAAUGUUGUUACGCUAGUUGCAGAGCAAUAUACCAGCCCGAAGGAAAAAAUCCGCGUUUUGGACUCGGGAGAAAAGGUCAUCAUAGAUGAGAAACUCACUCUUCAAAGAAUUGUUACAACAUUCUUCAUAUACGUAAAUAUAGGUUCUUUUUCGUCCUUGGCUACUACGGCAAUUGAGAAAUAUCACGGGUUUACUGCAGCUUUUGCGCUACCACUGUUGGUCUUUCUCAUCGGAUUUGCUAUCAUGAUGGCAAGUAAAGACCGCUACGUGAGCCAUCCGCCAGAUAAUUCUAUACUGUUCAAUGCUGGACGUGUACUAUGGAUUGCUCUGAAAAACAGAUGCAAUCUCGACAGUGCACGACCAUCUUACCGAGCUGAAGAAGAACUAGUCGAAAUUCUUCCAUGGGAUGACUCAUUUAUUGACGAUUUAAAGAAUACUAUAGUAUCAUCCAGAGUGUUUCUCCUAUUCCCCUUCUUCUGGGCGACCUAUUCCCAGUGUUUAACCAAUUUUGUUUCCCAGGCUGGCACCAUGGAAACUCACGGAAUUCCAAACGAUUUAAUUUCAAUAAUCGAUAAUAUCUCGGUACUAAUCCUACUUCCCACCUGCGACCGUGUCGUCUUGCCUCUGCUUCGCAGAAUGGGAGCGCCGUUACGGACAAUAGAUAGAAUUCAAGUUGGCUUUAUGCUAUGCGGAAUUGCAAUGCUAUAUACGGCAUUUGUUCAGCGCAGGAUAUAUUCAUCCCCGCCUUGUUACGACCACCCCCGAGCACUCGACUGUCUCGAUGGGAGAGUCCCAAAUCGGAUUUCAGUAUUUUACCAGGCUCCGUCGUACGUACUUAUUGCCGCUUCUGAAGUCUUCGCAGCGGUGGCAGGCAACGAGUACGCGUUCGCAACGGCCCCAAAGUCUAUGAAGUCGCUGGUGAUGGCUAUUUAUCUGUCGUCAGUAUCCGUGGGAGCUUUACUAGCUAUGACUGUUUCGCCGCUCACGGUUGACCCAAAGUUGCCAUGGAUGUAUCUCACUCUUGGGGUUGGGACUAUUAUUUCCGGUAGCUGCUUCCAUUUUGUCCGUGCGGGAGGGAUAUAACUGGCAUAUAACUAUUUCGGGAAUUGUACAUAUAUCAGUUACUAUAUAGACAAGUCGAUGAGCGUUACUCUGGCAUACAGGUCAAAACUAGCUAUAUAUCUGCUGGAGCAUUUAUGAGUGAGUCUACGGUUGUAGCAUAUGCUGCGAGAUUCUUACCAUGACAACAACAAUAAGAGUAAAAAUAAAAUAAACAACAAUUGAAAC